CCCUCACCCUCACAACGUGUUGCUUUCGUCACCCCAACUCCCCGCCUUUUAGUUUCUCAACCUGUUCUCUCGCUUAGCCUUUUGGCUGUAGCCUGUGGUUAAGAAUUUGCAGUUUAGUUUGGUGUUUACCAGCAGCCUAGCAGGUGGUCAAGUCGAGUAACUCUGUUAGCCGUGCAGUAAUUCUGUGUUUAGGAUUCUUGUUACUUCUUAAUUUAUGAUUUGUGAAUUACAUCAUCAUGACAUCGGAGGCAAUGAUGAUUUUGCCGUACGAGUGGAUCCUGGAGAAUGUCGACGAACAAACGACAACACUCGCAUCGAAAAUGAUUUCGUUUCGAGGCGAAAAAGUAUUUUGUGUGGGUGUGAAGAACUACGCGGCGGUAGAUCCCAUUUUAUUUUUCAUGGCAAUUGAUCUCGGUAAAAUCGGAAUGAAAGUGGAAGACGUAAAAUGCGGAUUUCAAGGUAGUAGCCCAAUAACGAUGACGGAAAUGACAAAAAAGGAUAUCGGCGAUGAAGGAAGUCUGCAGUUAUUCACCAUUGAUCUAACCGAAAAGGUUUUUGGAAACUGGAUGGCUGUAUUUCGAAUUUGCAUCGUAGGGACUGAUCCCGGCUAUUCCUAUCAACUGUCCGAUCGUCUGGCCAAGGAUCAAUUAUGGGCUGCUCUAAUAAUUCAAAAACAUCUAGCGGACGUUGAAUUUGUCGUGAAGGACAAGAUAUUUCCUGCACACAAAGCCAUUCUUGCUGCCCGAAGUCCCGUAUUUGCAGACAAAUUUGAAAAGAAACAGGCGGUAAAAGGCGGUCCUCAUCAGAUCCGAAUCGAUGGCGUGGAACCUUCCACUAUGGAGAAUUUUCUUCACUUCAUCUACACUGGCGAGCUAUAUGGAAAACUGGCAGAUGGAGAUUUACUCAAGUUAGCUGAUUACUAUCAAAUUAAAGCUCUGUCUGGACUAUGCAAAGUUGCUCUGAAGAAAAUGGACGCCUUGCAAAUAACGAACACCAUGAAAAAUUUAAACAGCAAUGCCGAUGAGGAGAUCUCUUCUUCCAAAAUCACGCCGGAGAAAGAAACGGAAAUAUUCUUUGAUCGGACCACACCUACCUUUCGAUGCAAUUCGAAACUAGAUGAAAACGGAAAAUCCACAUGUGUGAUGAAAUAUCAAAAUGAAGACCUUUUUAUUGCUUAUUUCACUGGGGAAAGAGAGUUACACACCGAUAGCAAUCGCCCCUUUGUAAUUGAACCUGUGAUUAAUUUAUCAUGCGUUAAUCAUCGCAACUUCGGGUUGAAAGUGGAGGAUAUUUAUUGCGAUAUUUGGGACUCGGAUUAUGAAAAUGAAUGGUUGAAAAUGGAAUCGAAAUAUUUUCAGAAGAACGCAGAACUCCUUCACGUAGCAGCAGUAUCGCCAUCGCAUUUUUAUGUCGAUCCUUUCCUAACAGUUGACUUUGAUAUCAAAAUGACCAGCACCAUCGGUAAUUAUUAUUACGAAAUGAUGGACGACGGAUGGUUGAAGGAUUUAUGGCUGGCAGCAACCAAUCAAAAGUUGACGGAUGUCGAAAUCUUUGUUGGAACUGUUAAAAUGAUGGAAGCUCAUCGAGUUAUUUUAUGCGCUCGGAGUCCUGUCCUGAAUUCUUCUUUGAACAAGAUCAUCAACACAAACAAAUCAAUCGUCACAUUUGGAGUGGAAUUCGAUGUUGAUACUGUGAAGCACUUUCUUAAUUUCCUUUAUACCGGAUUUUUAAUGACGGGGGCCAGUGGUAAGCAGAUGAGUCAAUUGGCCAUAAUGUACGAAGUGGAGACUUUAAAAAAUGUGUGUCAAGUAUUUAAUGCCAACCCACCAGAUGCAGAACAUGUUGCCGGCUAUCUUCUACAUCUAUAGUCGCUGGUUGAUUAACUUGAUUUUUCUUAAAUGCGUUUAAAUGUGUUUUUGAAUUUUCAAUACUUGUCAGUUUUGUCGUUAAAAUACAGAAAUUCAUGCAA